AUGGUUGGCACUAGGAACACUUCUGGAUCUAGUCAGAAUGAAAAUCCAGAUGCUUUGGUCGCAGCAGUCACUCAGUUUUUCCAAUCAAUGGUUACCGGUCAAUACGCCGCACCUAGGGCACUGCAAGUUGGAUAUGGUUGGAUUGACCGUUUGGAGCAAAUUUUUGAGGCGUUGUUCUGCACAGAUGAUCAAAAGGUUAUUUAUGCAACAUACAACCUAACAGACCUAGCUAACAACUGGUGGAAGUCAACUCAGGCACUUUUACAGAAUGAACUAGGGGAAGGAGUCCCCAUUACUUGGGAGUGCUUUAAGGAGGUAUUCCUGGAUUGUUUCUUUCCACAGUCUUUACGAGAGUCAAGAGCACGUCAGUUCAUGGACCUCACACAGGGAACGAUGACGGUUGAUCAAUAUGCCACCAAAUUCAUGGAGCUGUCUCGUUACGCUAGUUAUCUGAUUCCAGAUGAAGAAAAGAAAGCUGAGAAAUUUGAACGUGGUUUGGACUGGAGAAUUAGAGAUCGAGUACGUGCCCUUAAGAUUCGAAAUUUUUCUGAGCUAGUGAAUCGAGCCACUAUUGUUGAAGAGGGUAUCUUGGAGAGUAUCGAAUAUAAUAAUCAGAAAAAGCGCCAGCAACAGUCACAACCACUCCAAUCUGCACCAAACAAGAAUAAGAGGCCUCAUCGUGAUAGCCGUCUAGGGCCACAAAUAGGAGGACAGACUUAUCCUACAUGUUCAACAUGUGGGAGGAAGCAUAUGGGAAAAUGCUUAUAUGGCCAAAACGUGUGUUUCAAGUGCAGGAAGCUGAACCAUUUAGCUCAUGACUGCCUUAUAAAGAAAUCUGGGGAACCAGGAAAGAGUGGAGGGCAGAAGAUGACAGCUACAGCACGUGUAUAUUCCCUCACCCCUGAUGACACUGCGGCGUCAAAUGAUGUAGUCACAGUUAGUGAUUACGCGUUAGGUAAAGACGCGCUAUACGAGUAUACGAUCUACGCUUUGUUUGAAACCAGCACUACAAGGGCUUUUGUGUCUGCACCUGCCGACCCAAAUGUUACCUCAAGCUGUAAUAGUGUCAUUUCCUAA